AACUCAAGCUUGCAAGUUUUAUCUAUGGAUUCUCUUUUGUUUCUAUUUGCGAGGAACAGAGCAUAUAUACACCACAAAACGAGCCUGUUCAUUAGUUUUUUUUUUUUCAUUUCCAAGUCUAAUAUGGAUAUUAAAAGUUACAAGGGGGUCUUUGUUCUUUUCUUUAUCAGCUUGAGCUAUUUGACAGAAGCAGCUGAUGAUAAAGGAGAUCUGGGGGCUUCUUUUAUCUUUGGAGAUUCCUUAGUUGAUGCUGGGAACAAUAAUUAUUUACCGACGUUAUCUAAGGCAAAUAUUCCACCAAAUGGGAUUGAUUUUAAGGCAUCUAAUGGAAACCCUACUGGCAGGUAUACCAAUGGAAGAACCAUCGGUGAUAUUGUAGGAGAAGAACUGGGGCUACCAAACUAUGCGAUUCCCUUUUUGGCUCCAAAUUCCACCGGAAAAGCUAUAUUAAACGGUGUGAAUUAUGCCUCGGGAGGAGGAGGGAUAAUGAAUGCAACUGGAAGAAUAUUUGUUAAUAGGUUAGGAAUGGAUGUCCAGGUUGAUUUUUAUAAUAUCACCAGGAGACAGUUUGAUAAAUUGUUGGGUCCAAGUCAGGCAAGAGAUUAUAUUAUGAAGAAAUCCAUCUUCUCGAUCACAAUUGGAUCAAAUGACGUUCUAAACAAUUAUCUUCUCCCAUUGCUCUCUAUUGGAGCUAGAAUAUCUCAAAGCCCUGAUGGUUUUAUCGAUGACAUGAUAAAUCACUUAAAGAUUCAACUGACUAGGCUGUACAAACUGGAUGCUCGGAAGUUUGUGAUCGGAAACGUUGGUCCAAUAGGGUGCAUACCUUAUCAAAAGACCAUAAAUCGACUGAAUGAGAACGAAUGUGUGGGUUUGGCUAAUAAGAUAGCGUUACAGUACAAUGGCAAAUUGAAGGAUCUACUCGAAGAACUAAACAAAGACCUCCCUGGAGCCACAUUUGUUCACGCCAAUGUAUACGAUCUCGUCAUGGAACUCAUCACAAAUUAUAAACGCUACGGAUUUACAACAGCAAGUAGAGCUUGUUGUGGAAAUGGGGGGCAGUUCGCGGGGAUAAUUCCUUGUGGACCAACAUCUAGUCUGUGCGAAGAUCGGGCCAAGCACGUAUUCUGGGACCCUUAUCAUCCAAGUGAGGCUGCUAAUCUUAUAAUUGCAAAACAACUGCUCGAUGGUGACAAAAAAUACAUAUCACCUGUCAAUCUUCGACAGCUUCGACAUCUCUAGUUGUAUUGUUGUGCAUUAUGUUUCUCUCCUACUUGCUUCCGGAAGUCACAGCGUUUUAAGGAAUUGAACUAUAGCUUUUAUUACUGUAAAGGCUUUGUUUUUGUUCUUCUUCUUCUUCCUUUUCGUUUUGUCUGCUUAUUAACUUUAUGUUUGCAAUAAUUAAUGGUUACAGUUGUCUAAA